GGUACGACGACGUCCUCCAUGGCCGAUACUAUUUCUUGGUAUCUUAGCUAUCUUCGCUCUUGGAACGCAUAUGCAAUUUAUCCAUGGAGGUAGACGACGCGUUGUCAAGCUCCCACCCGAUGCAGAGUUCAUUCGAGCGCGAUGCGAGAACUUGAAGAUACCGCCUGGUCCACCUAGAACGUUUCAUUUCCGUACGAGUUCGGAACGAUUCGUACCUGGUACGAAGGCUACGUUGGUAAAGAAUGCGACUAUUUGGACUGGGAAUGUGGAUGGGAAGGAGGUUGUGAAGGGUGAUGUUUUACUUGAUAAGGGGUUGAUUAAGGCUGUUGGGAGUGGUAUCGAUAUUACGGAUUUGGAUGAGGUUGUUACUAUUGAUGCGGAAGGUGGAUGGGUUACUCCUGGCAUUGUCGACCUGCACUCACAUCUGGGUGUCAAUUCUGUGCCGAAAUUAUCUGGUGCAGGCGACGGAAAUUCACGCAAAGGUAUCGCUCAACCAUGGCUACGUUCACUCGACGGUCUGAACACUCGUGAUGAUGCUUAUCGACUGUCUAUUUCUGGAGGUGUCACAACUGCCCUCGUGCUUCCAGGGUCUGCAAAUGAUAUUGGCGGACAAGCGUUCACGAUGAAGUUACGCCCAACCAAGGAACGAACGCCGACUUCCAUGCUACUUGAACCACCUUUUACACUUAAUAGCACGGAUAUGAUUGAUAUGAGUAGCCCACCACGUUGGAGGCAGAUGAAACAUGCAUGCGGCGAGAAUCCACGUCGUGUAUACGGUAAUAGCCGUAUGGAUAAUAUCUGGGCGUUUCGUGAGAUAUACGACAAGGCUCGACAGAUCAAGGAACAACAGGACGCAUAUUGUUCGAAAGCACUGAGCAACGACUGGGAUGAUCUUGGGUCGUUCCCAGAAGAGCUACAGUACGAAGCCAUUGUUGAUACUCUUCGUGGACGUGUAAAGAUGCAAGUGCAUUGCUACGAGACUGUUGACUUGGACGACAUUGUUCGACUUACGAAUGAGUUCAAAUUCCCGAUUGCUGCCUUUCAUCAUGCACACGAGACGUAUCUUGCUCCAGACCUUCUUAAGCAAGCAUAUGGAAAUACACCGGCUUCGGCCAUGUUCGCAACGAACGCGCGCUAUAAGCGCGAAUCGUACCGUGGAUCAGAGUUUGCUGCACGGAUAUUAGCAGAUAACGGGCUUCCCGUAGUCAUGAAAAGCGAUCAUCCUGUUCUCAACUCUCGAUAUUUGCUAUACGAGGCCCAGCAGGCACAUUACUAUGGCCUUCCAGACAACCUCGCGAUCGCAUCAGUCACUUCGACACCCGCACGCGUAAUGGGUAUGAGCCAUCGCAUCGGCUUCAUCAAAAACGGAUACGAUGCGGAUGUUGUAUUAUGGGACUCGCACCCACUUGCACUCGGAGCUACUCCUCGCCAAGUCUUCAUUGACGGUAUUGCGCAAUUUGGUGAUACGUACGCACCGCCGGAGUUGAAGUCUGAGGACUUCCAAAAGUCGCCUGAGACGCCUGGCUUCGAUAAAGAGGUGGAAGAGACGUUGAAGUAUGAUGGAUUACCGCCACUUGAACCACAAAGGUCUAUCGCUGGUAUUGUCGUUUUCACUAAUAUUACUAGUAUAACUGUUCGGGGGACGCAAGGGGGAAGCCCGGUUUUGAGGACGUUUGAGUUGGAUGUAGAUACACAACGAGGAGUUCUCGUUAGUUGUGCUGGCAAGGUCGAUUGUGUAGGAACCUGGAGUGAAUGUUCGCAUUUCUUGGAGCAACGCGACGCUGUCGAAAUUAAUCUCAAGGGCGGCGCGAUUUCUCCUGGACUCAUCUCGUUCGGUUCUGCACUUGGACUGGAAGAGAUUCAAGGUGAAGUGUCGACUAAAGAUGGUACAGUCUUCGAUCCAUUGGACAAGGAUAUCCCGAAUAUCCUGGGAGAUGGCCCACUCAUUCAUGCAGCGGAUGGCCUACAAUUUGCUACUCGGAAUGCCUAUCUUGCUUAUCGUGCAGGAGUGACAAUCGGCGUCACUUCACCACUACAUAAUGGUAUCCUGAGCGGAUUAAGUACGGCCUUCAGCCUUGGGACAGCACACAAGCUGGAGAAAGGCGCACUUCUGCAGGAGGUUGCUGCUGUACACGUUACAGUAGGGCAUUCCGUUGGGAGUGGGAGUGUUAGCACACAGGUCGCCGCACUCCGACGUUUGUUACUUGAACCUGGUUCAGGCGAGGCGGGAAAGUGGUUCAAAGCAGUUGCUAUCGGGAAGAUGACACUUGUAGUGAACGCUGAAAGCGCUGAUGUAAUAGCAACGCUGCUAAGUUUGAAGAAAGAAGUCGAAGAAAGUACAGGGGAACGUAUGAAGUUGACUAUCGCCGGAGCGUCGGAGGCACACCUCCUUGCAUCUGAACUUGCAAAGGCAGAUAUUGGGGUUAUCGUUGUACCUUCGCGUCCUUUCCCUGAGACCUGGGAGAAGCGUCGGAUUCUUCCGGGACCGCCUAUAACGAAGGACAGUGCGAUUUCGCUAUUGCUGGCACAUAACGUGACGGUUGGAAUAGGGAUUGAAGAACCAUGGAGUGCACGAAACACUCGAUUUGACAUUGCUUGGGCCGCCCUCGAAGCACCCUCAGAAAUCUCGCGCACCCAAGCACUCGCUCUUGCAUCCACGAACCUCGAGAAACUGCUUGGGUUGGAUAUCAAUGACAAUAGUAAUAAUAUUGAUGCGGACCUCGUAGCGACGGAGUCGGGCGAUUUGUUUGAUUUUGAAGGGAAAGUCGUUGGAGUGAUUAACCCGAGGAAGGGGGUUGUUGAUUUGUUUGGAUUAUGAGUUUGCCGAGGGAUAAAUUGUAUGUGUUUUGUAUAUCAAAUCCAAAUUUUCU